AUGACGCCAUUCGCGUGGACGGCAUCGCAGACCCUCGAGGCUGUCUACAAUUCUCUGGCUCCACUAUGGGUGGAGCUCUCCUUCCUGUUUUUCUUCUCCAUGGGCUUCUUCUAUCUCCGUGCCGAAAACUUCCGCAAAGGCAAGAAAGCUCCAAAAGUGAAGCACUUCGAGCCGCAGUUCCGCGCUUCGGUGCGCAAGACCCUGGAGGCCGAGGCGGCCGCGGGCAACGCCCAGAAGCUGCUGGAAGCUUGGCGUGCGGAGCAAGCGAAGGCUCCGACGCCCAAGGACCUUUUGAAACCCGUGGUGCAAUCCUUCAUCGAUGCUGAGCCAGAAGCUCUCAUUGAUGAGAUCAUUAACCAUUUGACCAAUCACAAGGACACUUUGGUGAAUUCAUGGUCCGCUACGGUGAUCUUGGAUACGGUGGCUCGUUCCGGCAACGUGGCGGUGAUGAUGGAGUUGUGGGAUGUCUAUCAAAAGAGGCUGUGUUUGACUCGCAGCUGUUCCAUGUAUGAGGUGGUUUUGGGAGGCUUUGCUUCAGCUGGGCAUCCUGAAAAAGUCUCCGAGUUUGAAGCUUUGAUGAAAAAGGAUCGCCUGAAAUUGUCCCCACGGGGCCACUCCUUGAUCAUCAAGGGCUUUUUGAAGAAUGGCUUGGUCGAUGAGGUCUUGAGGCGCAUCGUUGCGAUGACCAAGUCGGGACACGUGGUGCCAGCCUUUGCGGUGGCUCAAUUUCUCCGUGUGGCUUCGGAGCAUGGCCGUGCUGCAGCGAUGUACGAGAAGCUCUUGGAGCACGACAUCACUCUUGGCACAGAAGCAGUCACCGUGAUUUUGGAGGAAUGUGUGAAGACACAUGAUGCAAAGCUGGCAAGGCAAAUUGAGAAGAAUGCACGCAACGCGAAGGUUCCUUUCAAUAUGCAUGGCUAUGAUGCCCUGUUGAAAGCCUAUGCCGAGGAUUGUGAUGUGCAUGCAUUGGACGUCUUCAAAGAGAUGCAAGCGGAAGGUCACACGAUCAGUGAGGGGCUUUGUGUGGGCUUGUUGGCCCGCUGUGCAGAUGGCAAGUUCCUGAGCUUCGCGGAGGAGAUCGUGCGCUUUGUACGCGCCGGUGCUGGAAUGAGCAUCGCAGUCUACAGCGGCUUGAUGAAAGUCUAUGCCUAUAGUGGAAUGUAUGGUAAGGCAUGUGAUUUGUACGAUCAGAUUCGCGCAGAUGGACUGGAACCUGAUACCAUGAUGUACGGCUGCCUCAUGAAGUUCUCGGUGGAAUGUGGACGGACUGCCUUGUCGCAAGAACUUUCAGAGAAGCUCUCCGUCUUGGACAUCCAGAACUAUAUGUCCCUCAUCAAGGCAGCCGGGCGGGACCGAGAUGUUGACCGAGCAUUCUCCAUCAUCCAGCGCUUGAGGGAGAACAACGUGAGUCAAGACGCAACUCGAUUGACCUGGUAUCGAAUCGUCGACACAUCCGAGUCGCCAUUCGGUUCAUCCGUUCAGAAAGUGAAGACGAGCAUUUUCAAGUGUGAGCAGCCUGAGCAUGUGAGUGAGAAACGCCUCGAGCAGCUGCCGAAGGAUCUUCAGAAAGUACCUCAGAGCUGGACGAAGGAACGAAAGCUGGAAGCUCGGGCAGGUGCAGGCGGCGCAGGCCAACCCAAGUCGGGCUUUCAUGCUCCCUUGAGGGCACGCCCUGAAGUGGACACCCUACGUGUCUCGAUGGACAACGCCCCGUCCAUUCUGGCAGACUUUGCUCGGAAUGCGAAGCACGUCCUUCGGAAAGAAGCGAAGAGUGCAAUGCCUCACGGGACGUUCCCGCGUGAAGCCAACCGACUGGGCACACCAGUGCCAGUUGGUAUCCUAAAUGCAGCUGUGAACAGUGGCAACUUUGAAGAUGCAUGGGACACCAUUGCCAAAAUGGAGCAAAUGAAUGUGAAGCCUGACCACUACACAGUCUCCAUCAUGCUGAAGGCCCUGAAGCGAGCCAAGGGUGCCAAGGACGUGAACCGCUGCUUGAGCUUCUUGGAUCGCUCCAGCAUUGACCCGUGCUCCGACGAGAUUCUGAUGAACACCGUGCUGGAGACUUACAUCCGCCACAAGGAACACAGGCGCCUGGAAAGUCUCCUCAACAAGUUUGAGCAGUCCAGUUUGCGGCCUUCAGUCCCCACGUAUGGAUCCAUCAUCAAGGCAUAUGCCAAUUUGAAGCGCCCAGACAAGUGCUGGCAUUUCUGGAAUGAGAUGCAGGGUCAGCGUGGCUUGGAGCCCAAUGACAUCGUCUUUGGCUGCAUGUUGGAUGCUCUCGUUUGCAACGGACAAGUGGAUGAAGCUGUGAAGCUUUUUGAGAGUAGCAACUUGAAGCCCAAUGCCGUUUUGUGCUCCAUUCUGGUCAAGGGCUUCACCACCACUGGACAAACGCAAAAAGCCAUGUCUCUUUGGCACGAGAUGCGUCAGAAGGGUGUGAAGAUGAACACAGCAGCUUGCAAUGCCUUCGUUGAUGCCCAAGCACGUGUGGGGAACAUGGAUGAAGUGUUGUUGAUUGUGGAGGCUAUGGCUGAAGAUGGUUGCAAACCAGAUGGUAUCACCCACUCCACCAUCGUGAAGGGCUAUGCAGUGAAAGGUGAUCUUGAUAAGGCCAUGGAAGUCUUGCGCAGCAUGCAAGAGAGUGGCGUUUAUCACGAUGCCAUCGUCUACAACACCAUCCUGGAUGGCUGCACCAAGCACAAGAGAGCCGACUUGGUGGACCCCAUUCUCGAGAGCAUGGAAGCACACAAAAUCGCACCAACGAACUUUACCUUGGGUAUCCUGGUGAAGUUCUACAGCCGCCAGAAGCAGCUGGACAAGGCCUUCUCUUGCAUGAGCACACUGCCGAAGCGUGGGAAUUUCGUGCCCAAUUGCCAAGUCUGGUCUUGCUUGAUGGGUGCCUGCUUGAUGAACGGAAGCCCAUCGAAAGCUCUCCAAGUCUUCACCAACAUGCGUGCUGCAGGUCAGAGUGCCGACACUCGAGCCUGCACUUCGUUGGUCUCCGGUCUGGUGCGCAUGGGCCAACUGAGGAAUGCCGUCCAAGUGGUCGACGAAGUCUUUGGCCUCAACGGUACCACACGAAUGGGUCACGGCGUCACCAUCGAGCAGGACGCCGGAAGCGCGGACGGCGGAUCCGCGGGUUGGUUGCGCGAGGGGUUGGCGCGAUCCGAUUGCUUGGAGAGUUUGCUGGCUGCCCUGGUGCACAAGGGAUUGCGUGAAGAGAUGGCCGCACCUCUCUUGGAGCGGCUUCGUGCUGCGCAGGUUCCCAUCAGCGGACGUUUGAUGGUGGCGACCCUCGGUGAUGCGUCGCCGGAUCGUCCCGAGCAUCGUCGCUCCAAGCACGAGCGUUGA